AUGGGUUGGGCAAGAAGCCGGUCUAAGGUUCACAUCUUCCGUCCUGGGUUCGAUGAGAAUUUAUACAGCCACGAAACAACAAUCUCUCCCUCUCAUAUUGAACAUGCGACACCCGAGCAAAAGCUCGCCGAAGCGUAUAAUUUUGACACUCAAGUACCGGUUGCGAUACAAAAACCUUUACGCGCCGAGACAGUUGCGGUCUUUGAUGCUGGACUCUAG